CACUGCUUGUCAGUGAAUAAAAACAAGCUUAACCUAACAAGCGGAGCAUUUUAAACCUCGUCUUAGCGAUAUUGUUUACGUAUUAUAGCAAAGUGUAUUUUUGUUUCAAAAUUUGCAAACAUGUCAAACAUGGUACAUUGUCAAUUAUGGAUGGGCAGUCUGGAGCCCUACAUGACGGAGACAUUUAUAAUAACCGCCUUCCGUAAAAUGGGUGAAAAUCCUCUAAAUGUGAAAGUUAUGCGGAAUAAAUUUACAGGCGAACCUGCUGGUUAUUGUUUUGUACAUUUUGCAACUGAUGAAGAAGCACUAGAUGCUAUGCACAAAUUAAAUUCAAAGCCAAUUCCUGGAACAUCACCAAUAGUCAGAUUUAGAUUAAACAAUGCAAGCAACACUGGUAGAUCUCUUUUGGAUAGGGAAUUCUCAGUGUGGGUAGGUGAUCUAAGCCCAGAUGUAGAUGAUUACAACUUGUACAGAGUAUUUUCUUCAAAAUACAACACUAUUAAAACAGCUAAAGUAAUACUGGACAACAGUGGGUACAGCAAAGGUUACGGUUUUGUAAGGUUUGGUAGUGAAGAUGAAAUGAAAGAUAGUUUAACAAAUAUGAAUGGUUACAUAGGCUUAGGGUCAAAGGCACUGAAAAUUUGCAAUGCAGUACCUAAACCAAAAGGUGCCACAACUACAGGGACUACAUCGAGUACCACAUCAACAGUUACAAAUUCCUCAGCAGACUACAGUCAGUAUUAUGACCCUACCACAUAUUGGCAGAAUUAUGCCUCCUGGCAAACUGCUGGUUAUUAUGAUCAAACAAGUGAAACACAGUCAACAGAAAGUUAUAUGGUAGCAGCAGCAGAACUCAAAAAAGAUGAUGACUUGGAAUUAAUAGAUCAUUCAAUACCAAUUGAUAUUGACAAAAUUAACAGAGAGAAAAUUGACCAAGAUUGCAAUUUAUGGGAUGCUAUUGAAAGUUCUAAAUGGUUUCCAUAUGAAGCCCAAGAGGCCUUAUGUUAAGUUUAUUGUUUAGUAUGUACAUUAAAGUGAUGUAUAUUUAUCAAAUCACAAA